GAGGGAGGGAUCACAGGAAUGCACGGUUCGCCACUGAGAGGGCAUUCUUGAGCCGGACACGCUCUGGAAAGGAUCUCCUGGAGGAUCACAAACCUGUUUCGGGUGGAUUUGCGUUUAAUCUGUUGGUAGUGAAGGAACUCAAAGCCUAAUGUUUACUCUGUUUGGAGGAUUUUACUGGAUACCGAUUCAGUCUCUGGAAAGGAUUGGUUCAGGAUUGAACAUCAUACGUGCUCUGACAUUCAAAGUGUAGAAGAAAAACACUUUGUCAGAGCUCCUAGAUUUUGGAAGGACCGAUCUUUUUCUUUUAUACAUGCCACAAAGCAACUUUUUAUCACUCCAACUGUAUUCUAAAAAGCAUUGGAUAGUUGAAAAAUACAUUUGGAUUAAACUGAGAAGGACCAGAGAGAUUAUCGUCCUUCUCGUCUCAUCUUUUCAUUGGCAUUUUGGGUUGCUCUGACAAACAGAGACAUUCCCUCCUCCAAAUGAAGGUCCUGCUGAUGUUGCUAAUACCACAAAUGCGUGAUCAGAAAACAGCAGGAAGAAAGCCACAAGGAGAUAUUUAAGAACCCUGAGAAAGACUGAAGUAAAACAUCUUUCAGCUUCCAAAGCAGUUUAUACAUACUCUUGUGCACUUUGAGUGUAUCAGCACAAGUUGAAGAGGAGCGUUAUAAUCAUCCCGUUCUCCAAACACCUCAAUAUGUUUGCCCCAACGACAGCCCUGCCUCCUCCUCCUCCCCUCUUAACAGGAAGCGCUCUGCCAGUGCCCAGUGCACCAUCCACAGGUCCCUACACAGACCACGACCUGCUGCGACAGGAGUUAAACUCUCGGUUCCUGGCCUCCCAGACUGUUGAUCGAGGAGGAGGACUAGCUUCCCAGGCCUACCUGCGCACUGAGUUCCACCAGCACCAGCACACACACCAACACACACAUCAGCACACCUUCACUCCGUUCCCCAACUCCAUCAUGCCCAGCCCAUCAGCACCACUGGUGCGUACCCCUGCCAGACAAUUUGACAAAUACCCUGCUAAAAUGGACACCUUUCAUAGACACAAUUUGGUCCCGUCGUAUCCGUCAGUAAUGACUGGAAUACCUCCUAUGGUUCCACCUGCUGGACCAUUCAGCUCUCUCCAGGGAGCUUUUCAGCCCAAGGCUUCCAACGCGCUAGAUGUGGUCUCAAGACCAGGAUCAGUGCCACACCAACUUCUACAGAGGGACUCCAGACUUCUAGACCCCAUGUGUCCUAAACCAAAGAAAUCUGGGAAGUGGUGUGCAAUGCAUGUCCACAUUGCAUGGCAGGUUUACCAUCACCAACAAAAAAUUAAGAAGCAGAUGCAGAUUGAGCCACAUAAAUUAGACUUUGGAUUUAAGCCUGAUUUUUUUAAUCGAUCGUCUGGCUCGAGCCUCAUGGGAUUGCAGCCACGUGAUUUACCCCGCCCCUCCACAAUCCUCUCUAAUGCAGGUCCCAAACAACCUUCCGUUUCACCCUUUGGAUCCUUGCCGCACACCCCAAACAAUCUCCACAGUCUAGUCCCCCAUCAUGAGUCUCUUAAUAAGCCACUCACCUUUGGAGGCCUAAGUACAUUGAGUUCAUCUGCCUUUGGAGGGCUUGGAAACCCAUCAAUAACACCAAAUCCAACGCAUGGUACUAAAGAUGGAAAAAUGGUGUCAACUUCAAGUGGACCACUGGAGCCCUGGAACAGACUGCACCAGACACCUUCAUCCUUCCCAACACCCCCUCUAUGUCAAAGGCCAUCUGAACCUGAAAGAGCUCCCUCUGUACCAGACAGAACAGCGAUUAAAAAAGACUCCAUAAUCAACAAAGAUGAUCAGGAAAGGGAGCCAAAAGAGAAAUCAAAUGGAAGGCAUUUGUCCCCCAUCGGAAACAGCACACUUGACGACAAACCAUCAACAGAGUCCUUCAUAGGUUCCUCUCCAGAUGAUUCCAAGGAAGAGGAGCGCGUGAGAGAGAAAACACAAGCCCAGGAGCAGAAUGAGGAGCAGAAACACAAAGAGAUCCAAAGUGACAAAAGAGAAGAGGAUGUCAAGAGUGAGCAGCAGCCCGCUGAGGACAAGCAAGCAGUAAAGGAGAGAUCAUCACCCAAACAACAGAGAGAGGAUCUCAAGCGGUCAAAUAGUGAUAGCCAACCCUGGGAGCCAGCUGAGAAGAAAAUUAGAGUUGAGUAUGAACCCCCUUAUUCCAAGAACAGCAAGGUGAGGGUCAAGGAGGAGAAGAGAGACGACCAGGACCACUGGGCUUCAAUUCAGCAGAAGGUCUUGGAAAAACCAUGGCAGGGUCCCAGAGCCCUUGCUUUAAACCUUUCACCUCUUUCUACUCAUCAUUUGCCAAUAGGAAUACCAGCUGGCCACCCUGGUCUCGACAGGGCUAGGCUGAUCUCACCUUUUCUUGGAAUGAGUCCAUUACCUGGAGCCGAAAAGCUUCCCUACUCGCCUCAACAUUGGGAAUCCAUGCGUAAUGUUUAUCGGGGGUUAGACCUUCCUCGUAGGGACUCUUUGGGCAAGGACAUCUUAAUGAGAAAUGACCACCUGCAACGCACCAUGAUGGGGCACCCUGCUUACCCACGAGAUCCGUUUCUGCAGUCCAUGGCCCUGGAGCAAAGGAGUCAGCUGGAGGAGCGUCACCGCCUGACCCUCCUGAGAGAGGAGAGCGAGCGGGGUCGCCUACUGGCCAUGCACCAUGCCCCACUGGACCCUCACUUGCCGCAUCAAGGACUCCUUACGGCAUCUUACCCCAGCGCAGGGCUCCCACAUUACAACUCGCUCAGUAGGACUCUACCUGCUGCCUAUUGUCACACCCAACCACACCCACUUUUCCCAAUGCUGCUGGCAAGAUCAGGGUCUCCUAGACGAAUGACCCCUAUUAUGGAUAGAACUGUUUUGCAUCCACACAGAGACACUGAUACUCGGUAAGCUGGACUGCAUCAGGAACUGACAGACUCGUGUAUAUCAAGCACUUGAUGUGAAAAAGUUUAGUCAUGAAAUGUACAGUGGUGGAAAGUUAUGAAAUGAAAUUUUUUUGUCAAAGAAAAUAUUAAAAUAAUUUUUUUUUGA